GGCGGGGCCGGUUCGCCGCCGGGGCCGGGCGGUUUCGGGGCGGGCCUCGCUCCUCCCCGCCUCCGGGCGCCCGAAAUAGAAGCGCGGCCGCAGUCGCAGUUGUAGCAAAGCGGGCCCGCGGCGGCGGCGCAGGUUUAACCAUGAGUUACCCAGGCUACCCUCCUCCAGCAGGUGGAUACCCACCAACAGCUCCAGGUAGUAAUCCCUGGGGUGGCUCUGCCUAUCCUCCUUCAAAUCCACCACCAAUCGGACUGGAAAAUGUUGCCAAUUAUUCCAGCCAGUUUAAUCCAGACUACAUUGCAGGGAUGGCAUCCAAUAUGUCAGGCAUCUUUGGAGGUGCUAAUGUCCCACCCAACGUAUAUCCUCCUGUAGCGGGUGGCUAUCCUCCUGUUCCCCAGGGGGGCUUUGGACAGCCUCCACCAGGACAGCAAGCUUCUUACGGAAUGUACCCACCACCAGGAGGAAACCCACCAUCAGGAAUGCCAGCUUAUCCAGGAUACCCUGGCCAGCCUUUGCCAGCUCCAGGGCAGCCACCAGUGACCUAUCCAGGGCAGCCACCAGUGACCUAUCCAGGGCAGCCACCAGUGCUACCACCUGGGCAGCAGCCAAUGCCAAGUUAUCCAUCGGGCCCACCUGUGAAUCCCUCUAUGCCUUCUUAUUCAGGAUCUACCAUGCCUACAGUCACGCCUGGAACACAUAGACCACGAGGCACAAUCACUGAUGCACCAGGAUUUGACCCCCUGAGGGAUGCAGAAGUCUUGAGGAAAGCAAUGAAAGGAUUUGGAACUGAUGAGCAGGCAAUAAUAGAUUGUCUUGGAAGCCGUUCAAGCAAGCAAAGGCAGCAGAUCAUCCUGUCUUUCAAAACAGCUUAUGGAAAGGAUUUGAUCAAAGAUCUUAAAUCUGAACUCUCAGGCAACUUUGAGAAGACAGUCUUGGCAAUGAUGAAGAGUCCUGUAAUGUUUGAUGUUUAUGAAAUAAAGGAAGCUAUAAAGGGUGCUGGCACAGAUGAAGAUUGUCUAAUUGAAAUCCUAGUUUCUCGCAGUAAUGAGCACAUUCGAGAACUCAGCAGGGUAUACAAAACAGAAUUCAAGAAAACUCUGGAGGAAGCCAUAAGAAGUGACACGUCUGGACACUUUCAGCGGCUUUUAAUUUCACUUGCUCAGGGAAAUAGGGAUGAGAGUACAAACGUUGACAUGUCACUUGUCCAAAGAGAUGCUCAGGAGCUUUAUGCUGCUGGAGAGAAUCGCCUAGGCACUGAUGAGUCCAAAUUCAAUGCCAUUCUUUGUGCCAGGAGCAGAGCUCACCUAAGGGCAGUUUUCAGCGAGUACCAGCGGAUGUGUAACCGUGAUAUUGAGAAGAGCAUAUGUCGGGAGAUGUCUGGGGACUUGGAAAGGGGCAUGUUGGCAGUAGUUAAAUGCCUCAAAAAUACUCCAGCGUUCUUUGCUGAAAGACUCUAUAAAGCUAUGAAGGGAGCAGGAACAAAAGACAGGACUCUAAUUCGAAUCAUGGUUUCACGCAGUGAGGUUGACCUGCUGGAUAUACGUGCAGAAUACAAGCGGAUGUAUGGAAGAUCUCUCUACACGGACAUUACAAGUGACACUUCAGGAGACUACCGGAAAAUCCUACUCAAGUUGUGUGGUGGAAAUGACUAAGUGGAACAUACACUUUUUUUUUUAAAAAGCAGCUGUUUUUACGUUAUCGCUUUAAAAUGACAUUUUUCAAAAACCAGAUGUGGUGACUUAUUUUCCUGAAGCUGUUAUGCUUGUAAAAUUAAUUUUUCCGUAUCUCAUCCCUUCCAGUCAAAAAUAGGAUAUCUAACUAUUGUAGGAUGGGUGCCAGGUUUUUUUAGUCCUUUAAUUCCACACCCUGCCCCGACACACACACUUCUCCCCCUUUCCAGAUGAAUGACAGGUUAUUUUUGUUUGCAUUCUUAAGCUGAAAUGCUAUUUUUGUUUCUGGUACAAAAAUCAGCCUUACUGCAUGAUUCAGUGAUUCAGUUUUUUUUCUUUUGUACGGACAGUAUAUGUGCCACUUUAUUAAUGCAAAUGUUCUUGUUUGUGUUGUGCACAGCAGUGCUUUCAUGGUGAUGUUCUUCCUGUGUGAAUACAACUGCCUUCUUGUUGUUCUUCAUCAAGAUUGUUUUGAGAAGUUUUUGCCAAAUGCCUCUUUUUUUUUUUUUUUCUUUUCCUAAGGAAGACUUGCUGUAUAUUAUUUCAUGUUCUUCAAUGCAAAUAUCACAAGAUUCUAGCCUCUGCCAGUAAACCUUUCCAGUAAAUGUUUUUAAUUGUGCCUUAAAAUCAAACAUAUGUAUCUAAAAGCAGAUUGUAAAAUUAAAGGUAUCUAUCUUGUAAA